GGAGUAAACAUCAAGGAUGAACAAACAACAUGAAUCAGCAAAAGGACUUGUUUUGGACUUGUUUUGGACUUUGCAGUGACUAAGUGACUUUUUAGUUGUAAACAUGUUUUUGGUUAUAGGAUGACUAGAUAGUAUGCCCAUGUUAGAUAAGUUGAUGAUGUAACUAGGUAGUGUGCUUAUGUUAGAUAAGUUAGACACAAACAAGUUUGUUGUAAACAUAUAGAGUAUAUAAGCGCGAGGGAAACUCCAUGUAUUUGCUCACAAUCAACUCUCAUCGCCUGAGAGUAAGAUCGUGCAGUGUGAGCCAGCCACCUCGUGUAUUGCUUUGUGUGGUGUGCGAAUAAACCAGCAUUUCAAAAGGCAAUCGAGUUCGUGCUUGGUGUUCGCGUACGUCGCGGUCCGGGGUCCAGUGCAGAUAUCCGGAAGGGAACUCCUGGUAACCAGACAAGGCUGAGAAGCUGCUCGUGACAGUUGGCGUAGUCGGCAGGAUACGGAAGAAGAGCUCCGGAGCAGGCAAAGACUGCACAGGAGAUCACCCUUUGAGGAAACAUUCCAAAAGGACAUCGAUGUGCAGGCAGACGGGGACCCAAACCCAGAUAAUAUAAGACCAUAUAAGGUGUGGAUACGUAACAGAAAAGAUAACUCUGUGAUUAAAGGUGAGAUUGUAUCACACGGACAAGGAAAUACCCUAUGGGUAUCAACUGGAAAAGGGGACCUCAGAUUAGUAAAAAGCCAAGAUGUUGUCACUAGGUAAACGUUUGUGUGUUUGGUUUAACAUAUGCUUUAUUAUCCUGAUUGUAUAUUCUUGCUUGUUUUUGGGUGGAUAUUUUUAUUGUAACGAAUGGCAGACAGCUCUUUUGAAUGGUUCUACUUGUUUUAUUAACGUGAAUCAUAAAUUGUUGGCACGGGAGUUGCUACCCUGUUAUGUACUUAAUUAUACACUAUGUUUCUGGUAAUGGCACCUAGGACUUUGUUACUUUUGCUAUUUUUGCUACUUUUGAUAGCCCUGCAGUUCUAUUCAGUAAUGGGAAAUCAAACUACAACUCCCACUACUUUUACUACUACAACUCCAUAUUAUUUUGGUAUCAGGAACAUUAACCUGACCAAGCAUUCUUACAAAGAUUGGAUCUUCAAUUAUAUUAAUUUCACUCAUUCACUUCAAGAGUGUAAUAAUUCUUGUGCAGUAAUACCACAAUAUUGGAGAAGUAACAAAUUCCUACAAAAUUUUACUGCUAUUAGAUACUUGUUUUAUCAUAAUUAUGCAUUUUGCCACCAUUAUAACAAAUACUCCGCACCUAAGGGGUGUGACCAUUUUUGGGACAUCAAUACAGUUGGGGUAUAUAGCCCAAUGUUUAGAUCUAGUGCGGAUGGAGGAUAUUCUAAUAAAUAUGAAACUAACCCCCUCCGAUGUCACCUGGUACCUGGGAUUAUGGAUAUGUGGUCUUAUAAGCCACAUUUUGUGUAUUAUUAUAGGAAACUUGGAGGCAAACCUUUAGUUAAGAGCUAUAAUGCUACAGCAGCAGUGCUUAAUAAUCCAAACCUUACUGUAUAUACUUUUGAGGAGUCUACAGAAGAGAAUGACUUUACAUGUAUAGAAGCAGCAGAAAAGGAUGUUGCAUCACUGCCUUUUCAGGUUUGGGUGUCCAACAAACAGAAUGAUUAUAAUUUAUUCGAUUAUGAAUAUGAAGAAUAUGACUAUUCUUCAUAUGAUGAUGGAGAGGAAGAAGGUUCUGAUGAAUUUACAACUACAACCCCACGAACAACUACGUUGGGGAUAAAUUUGUUGCCAUAUAAUGAUUCUAAGAAAAUGUUGGAUGAGUGGAAAGGAUUGCCUAGACAUUUACAAGGAGCUAGGCCAUUGCCUAGAUGGCCGCAAGUUUUAGUUGAACCCUACGGGACAUGGUGUCCAAAAGAGUUACAGCAGUAUCUAGAUUCCAUGAGCACUAAACAAAGGAAUAUGUCUAUAUAUAUUGAAGAUGUGCAAAGCAGAACUCAUUUGAAUUAUACCCAUUAUGUAUCUUGUGUAGCGGAUUUUCCUAAUUUACCUAUAUAUGGAAAGUUCGAGAUUCUACAGAAUCCUGAUAGAUCCUUAGAAAUACGGAACCAAUCUUAUCUUACUAUAGAUAAUUGGUGGAAAGUCAAUACCUUAGGUACCGCCACUUGGCGAUCACCUGUUGUGUUGACCGACCCUUUACCACAGCCAUUUACCCAUAACUUGGUUAAACCCGUGGCCACGCCUCCUAAAAUAAAGGAUAAAAUCGGGUAUGUUUGUAUCCGUAGCAUUUUUGGAGAUAUGCUUAACCGAACACAGGGACAAGCAUUUAUUGGUAGAGUUUGCUUCCCUGUUGAUUCAACCUUCCUUAAGUGGUGCCAAUAUAGAUAUUAUUAUAAAAUUGGUAAUUAUUCAUCUGUAACUUAUAAGAUUCACACACAGGCCUGUAGGCUGGGUCCAGUUUACAGGACGACUGGGGUAUUACAUCCUGAAUUUGGAAUGUUUAAUCACUCUGGAUGGCUAUUAUUUGAAAACAAAACAAGGAGGUAUGUCUUUAAAAAUGCCAACAAUGAAUGGGACCUCUCAGAGAUUGUGGAUGGCCCGAAAUUGGGACAGAGAGUGCAUAGUCCAGGGUUACAUGAUUAUAAAUUCACCGUGGACGAAUACAUUGUUAACCAGACAGUGUGGAAAAACUACACACAAUAUUAUAAUAUAUUUAAUUGGACAUGGUGUUAUAAUUUUAGCAGACAAAAUUGUGUACAGAAUCCUCUUCAUGCUGUAUAUUUGAAUGCCUCUCAUAUGCAUCUUGAGGUGAAUAAUACGUGGCAUAGGUUUGAUAAUCAGUCCUGGCAACCUGUAUUGGUUGUCACACCUAAGGAUAUUUUGGAAAAACACUUUUAUAAUGUUACAUUUCUGCAGGUAGAUUAUACUUAUAAUGGAUCCAAAGGAGAAUCUUCAAAGUGGCCUUAUUAUAAAUGCGAAGACUGUACCUUUAAGUUUUAUGAUAAUUUCUUUGGGACUUUGAUUCCCGUGUUUAAUUUGAGUGAUGACAAAAUCAGAGUGAAUGUCCAUAAUAUGUCAAUCCCGAUGGGAGUUGAUUCUAAUUAUGUGGACACUAAAAAUGUUAGUUUAGCUAUGGAAAGAUCUAUUUGCAGAUGGUUUCCACAUUCAUGGCAAUAUGUGAUUGGUAUUCAUAGGUCUAUUAUGCAUAAUGAUUCCACGUACUAUGAUAUUCCUCUUGAUGUAAAUAUAACUGGAAAUGUUUCCAAACAUUAUGAAGGUGGUAAUGUUGUAUUAGGCAAUGAGGAAAAACAAACGAGGGAUUAUACUUUACAUCCAACAGUAUAUUCUCUUGCAUUUGUACCACCAGAUUUGGAUGAAGUUACUUUAGUGAAUUACAAAACAGAAACUUACCUGGUAAAUGCUGAUGACUACUGGUCAUUGAAGACUGGGUGCCCUAGAGCACAGCUCUGGGAUACUAUAAUUAGAUACCAUGUGGAUGUAGCAGAUAGAAGAACUCUGAAAUGGUGGUUGACACAAGGAAUGGAUUUCUCUACUUGGCCUAGUAAAAUAUAUCCAGGAAAAUUACCUUAUUACUGGUAUAUGUUAUUACCAGGAAGUGAAAAUGAAUGGAAUCUUUAUGAUAUUGUAACACAUGAUGUUUUACAUAAUAAUACUGAUGUGUUUGAUGCACAUGCAGGUAAUCAUAUUAUAUAUAGUACAAAGAUGGAUAUGCAGAAAUGCUACAUGGAACCGACCUCUUUGAAUCCUUGCUUAAUUGAUAGAGGAGGAUUUAAUGAAACCAAGGGAUGGGUUACUGCCCAUUUCCCAAGAGCGGUCCUCUUCCCACGCAAGGAAAAGGACGGUAAUUUUAUGAAGACUUUAGAGGCUCCAGGAUUUUUACCUUUACUACAUCAGCCAGUUAGAUUUUUGAUACAACCACAAGUACAGCCAAUUGUGUUACGAUUGUCUGUUAGUGAUUUGUUGAAAGGUGAAACUGUAUGUCCUUCUUUUGAGUCUACUGUGUUGCCAGAUUUGUUUUAUUCAGUUCAAAGAAAUGCAGCAGGACGGAGACCUUUGCAGUUCGCAGCGAUUGGCGCUUUCCUGGCCGGAGCAGCUUUGGGGGCAGCAAUCGCUGGAGCAAUGACGGAGGAACUUCGAGUGGAAAUUUCAGCUCUGCGUGGACUUCAGAAUAAACAGAACUUUGUUAUCUCACAAUUAUCUAAAAAUCUGCACUCCGCGUCCUUGCUUAUGGAAAGACUUUCUGCAGAACAGGAACUUUUGAAACAUCAUGUUGAUUCAUUAAGUAAGGUGAUCGAGACUAUGGAUGCAUCGUGGAAUGUACGCAUGAAACAAUUGGAGGCAACUCAGGAGUGUGAACAUCUGCAGGCAAUGAUCACCGCGGGAUUAGAAGAAAUAAGACUGUUAUUUAGAACUGGCAUAGGCAUGGAAACUGCAUCAGCUAUAACCAUAUUAGAUCCUACAAAGGACUCUUGGUGUGAAACUGGUGUUUGCAUGAUUAAUUUAUGGCAAAUGUCGACAUCUAAGGUUGUAAUAGGAUAUCCAACUAAGGCUAUACCAAAGAAAAUUGGUAAAGAUUGGAUAAUACCAUUUGAUAAGUUUUAUUGGUUGAAAUGGAACAAUAUGUCAUAUUAUGUGCCUAGUGAAGCCACUUAUGCGAUAGGUAAAACAACUGUUAUAGCCUAUGAUCUUUUCUCAGAUGAACCUAGGACUUCUGAUAUAACUAUAUCUAUGCCUCAGGCUACUUUGUUAGAUCUUGGGAAUUUUAAUAUGUUGUCUUGUUAUCCUGAACCGUACAUGGUUCAACGAUGGCAAAACAUUUCUUAUAGUGAUUCUUUGAGUCUGAAUGCUGGUUGCCAUAUACAUACUAAUGUCAUGAUGAUGGAACAUAUGAAUUUGACCGUUCAGAAACAUCUGUUUAGGAGUUUGAAUUUUACUAACACGAGAAAUGUACGAGUCCUGACUCAGGUGGUUUAUUUGUCUAAUCAUACUUUUGGGUUACAUACUUUUGUGCCCCAGCCACCUCUGUCGGAAGAAUAUAAACAUAUGAUGAAGGCGACGGAGGCAGCUAAGUCCAUUUAUGCUUCAUUGGGAAAGGAAAUUGAGACAGUACAUAAUCAAACUACUGAACUUCUCCAAAGAUUCUCAGGAGAAACUCAUAAAGUUAAAAUGUUGGUUGAUUCCGGAUACUUGAUUCCGCGUGACUUUCAGUAUACUUAUGAUUGUAGUUUUGUAGGUUUCUUUAGAAAAUUGGUUCAUGCAGAUGUUAGUUGCAUUAUGAGAUGGAACCCUUUCCAUUGGCUUAAGGAAGGAUUGCUAUAUGUAUGUUGUUUUGUAUUAUUUGUAUUAUGUAUUAAGGUUUGUUUAAAGAUCAAUAAGACUGCAGGAAAGAAAACUUACAUUAAAAUGGAUAAACUUCAACAUUACAGGGACCAUGAAACGAAAGGCACUAAGAACAUCAAAUCCAAGAAGGAGAAGGACGGAAAGAUCGAGGAAUUAUUCUGA